CAGAGCCCGGAAGUAGGGGGCGGGCGCCGAAAUGGGAUCGGGGCUCCUUGAGUCGCAAAGGCGACUAAGGCGUAGUGAGAAUCCCAUUCCAGAAUUCCUUCUCCAUAUUUGAAUGUGUGUUCCAGGGGCGUUACGGGGGCGUUGCGGGGGGCGUUGCGGGGGUCCAGGCCAGAGCCGCGGAAGCCUCUGAAGCGAGGCUGCGACGAGGCCAGGGCAAAGACUCCGUCAUGUUCCUGGUGAAUUCGUUCCUGGGCCCCAGGGCCAGCCGGAGCCGAGCCAGGGCUGGGGUCUCCACGGAUGGCACAGACGGGGCCGUAGGUGGCGGCAGCGAAGCUGUCAUCAGUUAUACACCGCAGCCGCCGCCCCUCCCGACCCACUACUCCCGCUUCAGGUCCAGGGAGUGCGAGGAGAUCCUACUGUUCAGGCUACAGUUUGAGCGUCUGGCAGGACUUAAGAUGGAAGUGAGCGCCGGCGAGCUCAUGGGCAUCUUGAACAGGGCGCUGGCCCGACUCAAGAGCGGCCGCUUGGGGAUCCACACCUGCGAGAACCUGCUGGCCGUCAUGGACAGCGAGACCAACGGCAAACUGGGCUUCGAGGAGUUCAAGUACCUUUGGAACAACAUAAAGAAGUGGCAGGCCGUCUACAAGGAGCACACUUCGCCCCGCUCGCGGAUCCUCAGCAGCCAGGAGCUCCCCAGGGCCUUCGUGGCCGCCGGUUUCCAGCUCAGCCAGCAGCUGUACGACAUGGUGGUUCGUCGGUACUCCGACGAUGGCGGCGCUAUGGCCUUUGAGGACUUUAUUUGCUGCUUGGUGCGCCUGGACGCCAUGUUCCGUGCCUUCAAGUCUCUGGAAAAAGACGGCAGCGGGUAUAUCAGUCUGAACGCCGAGGAGUGGCUGCAGAUGACCAUGUACUCCUGAGACCCGUGUGUCCGUCCACCUGAGUGGUCAUCAGGAGAGAGAUUGCCAGGAAGCUUACCUUUCACCCCUUGCAUUUCUGUUCAUCUCAGACCCCAGUGUGGGAACUCUCUGGCCAAGGAGACACCGACAUUGAUCCUUGUGUGCCCCCAAACAUGGCUACCACCAACGAGCCCCUGAUCGCACCUCAGGCCCUACUCCUACCUCCCAGCUCUGGCCCUGCUCUGGAAGGUACCAACCACACGCUUCCCUCCGCGUUUCCCAGCGUCCUUGGAAAUACUCUUACUCUAAUAUGCUGCCCAACAGCAUCCCUAUAAACACGCCCUAUACCACUGACUCCAGCUUCUUCCAGCACCCCUACAAAUACACACUACAUGCUUGAAUGGGCUAGUUGCAUGCUUUUAACAUGCCAGCCAGGUGCCGUCACAUGCUGCUCCCACAGGUUCAUCCUAUAUCUAGUGCUUUCUCCCAUUCCCCACAUGCUUCAGGCCCCCUCUCCUCCUCUCUCUGGGUGGGCCUGGGUUCGGGUGCUGGGGCUUCAGCUAGUCCCAAAGUCCAAAAUAAA